CUUCAAGCUUUUGCCUUUGAUUAGUCGUCGAUCGCUAAGAACUAAAAACAAAUCAAAAUGAAAUUCAUCAUUGUAUUCGCUGCUCUCUUCGCCGUUGCUUUGGCCGCUCCCCGUCCUGAAGAUGCUGUUGUCUUGAGAUCAGAAUCUGAAGUAGGACCCGAAUCAUACCAAUAUGCUUACGAAACUAGCGAUGGCAACAAAGCUGAAGAACAAGGUCAAUUGAAGAAUGUUGGUUCUGAAGAUGAAGCCAUUGUCGUACGUGGCUCUUACUCCUUUGUUGCUGAUGAUGGUCAAACCUACACCGUCAACUAUGUUGCUGAUGAAAACGGUUUCCAACCUCAAGGUGCUCAUUUGCCCGUUGCCCCCGAAGUCUAAGUUUAGUCGUUUUUAUAAUAUAAUAAGUAGUUCCUUAGUAAUAAAGUAAAAAUUACGAAUAU